AAACAAAAACAGUUCAUUUGAAGAGCUUCAUGUGGGACAUAUAACCCAAAUAUUAAAUGGACAUCACAAAGGGCAGUCUAGAUGACAUCUCUCGGCCAGCUUCCAGUGAACGCUCUCGAGCUGGGAGUCGUGUGUCCAGCGUGUCUCUCUCUGAGUUAGGCAAAGUGAGCCAGGACAGACCAAGGUCCCUGGAGGUUCUCAGCCCAGAUGUCUCAGACACUCAGGAUCGAUGGAGUGAACAGGAUAAUAACUCAGACUUUAUGUCAGAAAACAUGCCUCCUGAUCAAGAUGUAUCUGAUGAAGAAAAUGAAGAUCCAGAGUUACUAAAAGCCAUCAGGAAAAUGAAAAGACUAGACAGGAUAUUGGCUACGAAGAUCUCCAAUGAAAAAGAAGUGAAAAAGCAAGGAAGGGAACUUCACCAGAAACUCUGGCAAGAACUGGAGGAUCUCAAAAUUGAAAGGACUGCAGGGUGCAGUGAUGAGGCAGAAAACACCCGCUUGUUCUUGGCACUGACCUCCAGCACAUCCAAGGGCCGCAGUGAAGAAGUGGACAUUGUACCUGUGUUUGGGACCCAAGUUCCAGAUGAAGAGAAUGACCUGAGCCUCAGGCUGGGAAAUGAAGAGGUCGUAGUGCACACUGAGUCUUCAGGCUCUGUAGAAGGGGGUCAAGAGGUGAGGCGAGACAAGCAGACAGACAGCAGACAGACCUUGAAUGGCAAGAGCAAGCACAGACAAGAUUUUGUCAAGAAAAACAUUGAGCUUGCAGGUGGUGCGGGAAGUCUCAUACUGAUGACUCAGGAGGAGAAAGAGCGCUUAGACGUGCUGCUGAAGGACUUAGAAGAGGAGGAGGCUCACGUUGACCCACUGACUAACCCUCAGGCAAAUGUUUCCCUGUGUACUGUACCCACAACAUCUGGUGAAGGUUACACACCACAGCCACACGAGCUUGACCAGCUCCUUCAUAUCGAUGUCAGACUGCAGCUUCUACUUCCUGUUGAGAACUUCCUUUCCUUGAAAAGCCCUUACACUGACCGCAGCCUGACCCAGUGUGGGCUGCACGGUUCGGGUGGAGAGCGAGAUGGAGAGCGGCCGCCAGGGCAGAGGGUCCUACGGGACAUGAAGGAGAGCAGAGGGCAGGAGGAGCGCUUGCGAGAGAUCCAACAGCAGCUGCAGCUCCUGGGACACAGCCAGCAGACCACUAGUUUACCUGAGGACCAACUAAGGAGCCUGUUGGUGGAAUGUGAGAUGGCCCUGAGCAGAUGUUCUGGCUCAGGUACAGAAGACUCCUCCCCAAGACCCUAUUGUGCUUUAGAAAGCCAUGCCAUGUCUCUGUUGGCCAGCACACCCCGCCUGUCCAGUUCUGCUCUCUCAGUGUUACUGCAGGAAGCUUGUGGAACUCCAAUCACCCCCCAUGAGAGUGAAGAAGCCACCCUAGACUGAAUCCUGCAAGGUUAAAAUGUGGUCUUAAUGGAGUCAGAUGGAAUGCAUGAGCAUAUUAGAUGUCUGACAUGGUGAGAAUACUUAGAUACCAGUAAUAUGUUUUAUCAUUUGUGCUGAAAUAUUGGAAAAAGUCAUUACUCUAUUAUAUUCAUGUUAAAGUAUAAUUAAAGCUGUUUGACUGAAAUAAAAAGUAAUUUAUUACAGCUUGAUUUAGGGAAAGAACAUUCCAAGCAUAUUUGCCCCAAAGUGCUGAAUUCUCUUUGUCUACUCUAGGUGGAGUUUUUUUCCUCUAUAUACUGCAGCCAAGUUCAUUUUUAUCCACAAGAUGAGUUUCUAUUCAGGGUGUAGUAGUUGGUAUGUACUGUGUGCAGUGACCUAAAUUAAAGCUAAGAGAUUUCACAUAUCAUUCCAAAGAAAGGCAUUAUUAAAAUUCUGUAACAUGAAAAAUUAUGCUUUUCAUUACCAUUUAGUUACACGUGCAAGCCAUACUUUGAAAACUGCUUAACACAUAAACCUACAUAAACAUGUAUAAAAGCUUAUUCCAAUUGCUGUUACAGGCAAGUUAAUUACUGACUAAAAAUCUAAAGACCUGAAUAACAUACUGAUAAUUCUUACUAAGUAAUUAGCAUUUUCAUAUACCACAGUUGUGGUCUCAAACAUCAAAUUGACUUGUAGUAGCUACAAAAAUGUAGCUGAAAUCAAACUAUAAUAGUGUGACCACUGUCAAGGCUGUGAAUGCGCUAAGUGAUGUGGAAAAAAGAAAGAAAAGCAGAGCAUCUCACAUCUUCUGGACAAUUCAGUUAAAAUUGUAAUACAGUGUGAAAAAUAUGUUAAUCAAAACAAGUAGACAUAGUGAAAGUGCACUGCUCGCAUAUGGCAAAUUUUAUGAAUCCAUGAAUGUGUGUGUGAGAAAACAGCUAUGAUGCAUACAUACAUACAUAUGUAUGUAUAUACAACCCCAAUUCCAAUGAAGGUGGGACGUUGUGUAAAACAUAAAUAAAAACAGAAUACAAUGAUUUGCAAAUCCUUUUCAACGUAUAUUGAAUUGAACACACUGCAAAGACAAGAUAUUUAAUGUUCAAACGGAUAAACUUUAUUGUUUUUUGCAAAUAUU